ACAAAGCCGUCAAUUCAUACUCAAGUAUAGUUUAGAUGGUAAGAGACACAGAUAAAACCACACGAGAGACUUGUGUAUUUCUGCUCAAACUUUCUUCUGUAACCGGACAAGUAGUCUAGUGUGGCCGGGAAAAGAUUCAGAUUGAAGUAAAUUUAUGUGGGUUUUCCGGUGAUGUCAUUUGCCGGUGGAAGAACGUCAGUUAUGUAUUCAUCUCUGGUGGUUUUGCUGAUCAUCAUUUCAGUGCUGCAUAUAUGGGUUUUCAGUGAAAAGAGUGGAGGAGUUGGGGCCUUGCGCAUAUUACCAGGAAGUAGAGUGGCAUUGGAGAAAGUAGAUCAUCAGACACUAAAGAAAUCCAACAGCAUCAAGAAUCAUACCCAACUCUUUCGUGAAUACUUCAGGCAAAGAGUUUCUGAUCUCAACAGUACUAAUCAGAAUAAUGGUACUUUUCAAGAGAGCAAGAGAAGGGUUCCCAGCUGCCCAGAUCCUCUCCACAACAAAGAGAAGAUGCAUUUUGAUGGUUCUAGUUAUAUAAAGGGGCAAACCGUGCGUAUUUUGGUGCUUAGCAAAUGCUCUUUUGGGAUUUGGAGACGAAGGAAGUGGAGGAUCUUGAUGUAUAUAGAAGUUGAGAUUUCUUAAUUUUAUAGCUAUUAAUUAGAAUGGGAAUCAUUUGGUGACUGGAUGGAAAUCUUUUUGUUUCUUGCCUUCUUUACUUCAAUUCUUUUUAGUGAUUGAAUGUAAACCUUUUCGUUACUCGCCUUCUUUACUUCAAUUUUUUGUUUAAUUGUUGUCAUGUAUCUCUGUAUAUUGCAUAUAGUUUGAGUUCAGCAAUCUAGUUGAUUGCUGAAUAGUUUAAAGUGGGAAGGAAGAAGAAGUAGAACCACUGGAUAUAUGUACCGAUUCCGUGUAAAUUUCGCCAAAUCAUAAUAGAUUCUUGUGUUUUCACUUUCACUGUUUUGAUGCAAAAUCGCUUCACUUUUCACCUUUCGGGACUGAUGUAUAUUUGCUUCUGUCAUUGUCUUGGAAGAUUGAAACUUUAUGGAUUUUAGGUAAUCAUAAUUUAUGCCUUUUUUAAAGUGUUGAGCUCGGUAUUGCAACUUUGGAAUUGCUUAAAGUGCAUUGUUGUUGAUUCGCAUCUAGUAAAACGAUACUUUUUCAUCUCGUGGCCUAGGUUGCACCUAUUUUUUCCAAAAUGGGCAAUUCUUUAUUCAAUUUGAUUUGUUUACUCAUCUUCUAUUCUUCCAAAGCUUUUAACCAAGUUCAUGUAAGGUCCUGUGCACAAUCUGCAGGUACAACCCCAAAGAAACUUUUUACAAACAGACCACACUAGCUAGCUGUGUUGAUUCAUGAUUGAUGGGGUUGAUAGGUUUGGUUGGCUGAAAAGGGCAAAGAUUGCCCCUUCAAGAUUUGCUGCAUUGGUUUUCAUUGCCAAAAGCAAUCUUGCAUCCCGGGAAUCAGGAAGAGAAUGACAUGAGAGUCAUAGAAGGGAGAAGGGCAGGAAAGGAUGGUUCAACGGAAAAGAUGUUGGCAGAAUUGAUUGUUUGAAGUGUUGAGCCAUUUAUUAUGUCUUCAAAACUCAGGACUUGCUGUUUUUCUCUUCAUUUUCGUUGACAACAUAAUUGUGUAUUGUCAAUAAUCCUCAACGUUAAUUUUGAUCCUCGUUCCUAGAUAUAUAUAUAUAUACAUAAUCUGCGAUUCGAGAACAAAA